UAAUCUUCGAAUAGGAAGGCUGAGGUUUCAGGUUGAGUUUGCAGAAAGAGAACUAAACUACGCCGCCGUUAAGUUAAAUAAAUACAAUCUUUAUAACACUGAUUGUUAGAGAGACGGCGAAGAAGAAUGUAGACGCGAGAGGGAGGGGGAGAUGGCGGAAGCCGGCUGUCCCUCUGGGAGCGCUUUCAACUACUCCAACGCUGGAGAAAACCAAUCACUGUCUUAUCAUGGGAUGCGCGGCGGUGCCAGUGCAGGUCGGAACCUGAAGGAGUGGCUACAGGAGCAGUUUUGUGACAAGCCCCUGGACCAGUGUGAGGACAUGCGUCUGCACGAUGCGGCCUAUGUGGGAGACCUGGACACUGUCAAAAACCUCUUGCGAGAGGACAGCUUCAAACGGCGGAUUAAUGAGAAGUCGGUGUGGUGCUGUGGCUGGCUGCCCUGCACCCCCCUGCGCAUUGCCGCCACGGCUGGCCACGGGAAUUGCGUCAGCUUCCUGAUUAGAGAGGGUGCCGAGGUGGACCUGGUGGAUGUCAAGGGGCAGACCGCACUCUACGUGGCCGUGGUCAACGGGCACCUGAGCUGUGUGCGAAUCCUGCUGGAGGCCGGAGCCGACCCCAAUGGCAGCAGACACCACCGCAGCACGCCCGUGUACCAUGCAGCGCGGGUAGGGAGGGUGGACAUCCUCCAGGAGCUUAUCAGGUUCGGUGCUAAUGUGGAUGUUGAGCAGCAGCUGGCUGUGCACCCCCUGCUGCCUAACGCGCGGCGCUUCACCUCCCUGGUGGUCUGCCCACUCUACAUCAGUGCAGCCUACCACCACCUGCACAGCUUCCAGCUGCUCAUGCAGGCCGGGGCCAACCCCGACUACAACUACUGGGGUCCGGUGAGCAGCGAGGCGUUCAGCAGGGGCUCCCCCACCUGUAUGCUGGACGCGGUGCUGCGACACGGCUGUGAGCCUGCCUUUGUCAUGCUGCUCAUUGACUGUGGAGCCAACUUGAACCUGGUCAAGUGGGAGGCCCUGGACCCAGAGAUCAUGGGGAGAGUCAAAGUAAACCAUGACGCAUUGCAGCUCUUCAGAGAGGCAAGAAGUUCUCCCCGGACGUUGACAUCGCUGUGCCGCAUCACCAUCCGAAGAGUGCUUGGAAAACAGCGGCUGAAAGACAUUCAGAGUCUACCAGUGCCUCACAGCAUCAAGAUCUUCUUGCUCCAUAAAAACCUUUAAAGAGUAACUUGCAUGAAGUUUGUGGGAGUUGCACAGAGCCUCUUUGAAUGUUGUUGAUAGCCCAGAUACAUUUCUGGGGUGAUCUCCGUGUUUUAUUUACAGUACCUAUGCUGGGUCUACGAGUGACUUUUUAGUUUUGAGUUCUACUGAAAUUGCAGGUUCUCUGUAAGGGUGUGUGGCAGGGUAGCAUCACAGCCCAGGUGGUCUUCGCAGGGAGAGAGACUCAGACACAGAAAGCUGCAAGUUAAAUUGCACUAAUGUGCUCUUUAUUUACAAAUAAACAAAAAUAGCACAGACAAAACCACUAAACAAAACACAUUAACAAAAUAAAAGGCACAAAGGCAAAAAAAGGUUCUACAAAAACUCACGAAAAUGAACACAGACAGAACAGCACCGAACAUGGAACACAGACCUCCACCUCUAUCACCAACAUUCUCUCUAACACCGUGACACCUAUUUUAUACAUCUGUGGCUGGAGCCAAAUGAAUCAUUUAUUCAAUUAUCUCAGUGUCAGGUUAAUGUGUGGGAUGUGCUCCAUGCUUCUACCGUCCAUCACUUAUUGUGGACGUAUCGCGUUAACACAAACGCAUCCGAUCUAAGUGGUGGCAACUGUACCAUGUAAAGAAAGAAUCACUUUUCAUCGAUACACAAUGAAUCAUUAUACCCCAAGUUCUCUAUAGGAAGAACAUCCUAGCUACAGGACUAAUCACAGGAUCUCCUUAUGUGCAUCCAUGAACAAGACAUGGUUGUUGCAUUACAUGCUACAGUACAUCCAGAUUACAUAAUACAAUCAUAAAGCAGUAUAGAGGUUGACCCACUCCCCAUUCUGCCUCAGGCCAAGCAGAAACAGGGUUUCAUUUCAGUGAAGAGGAAUGGCGACACAAUUCGGUUUAAAUAAUGAAGGACCAGGCCAGGACUAGAAACUUGGUCCUCUAAGUACCUUCCUGGCACCUUGUUAUUUCAAUAAUAAACCUAAACAAGAUAGUUUUGAAAACCAGGACUGGGUGCAGUAGUGUGAGUUUCCUACCCUCCCUUAUUGAACAUCAGCAAGCUUCUAUUUAUUGGGAACCGCCUGCCUGAACUUUAUUAAACUUUGCUUGAAUGUUGUUGUUCCACAUAUUAUUAUGUAGGUCACCGUACUGGCAUUGGCUGAUGUAUUGAACCACUUGCAGAAUAUUGAUGAAGCUGCAUGGUCAUUUGUUACGAGAUGUCAGUCAUGGUACUGUCACCUGGAAUGUGUACUCAUGAUUGGCAGAGGACAUAUUACUUGCAUACCUUGUUGAUAAUUGUAUUUUCUGGUCAAAAUAAUGUGUUAACGGUAGAUGUUUUUUAUUUGCACCCUCAGCUAUCCAGUGAGGUGUACAUUGAUUCUAGUAAAAUUAGCAAAUGUGGGAAGAAAAUGCUAAAAUAAAAUUAUUGUGUCAUUCA